GACCAUCAUUCAUCCUUCACAUAGCAAGAGCACACCAACAAAGCCAAUCGAGCAGUAGCCAACACAAAUCCACCAUGAAGACCUUCCUCGUCCUUGCCCUCCUUGUCGUUGUGGCGACCAUUGAACCCGCCAACUCCGAUAUUCUACGUAGUGAUCAACCACAACAAUCAUUUCCACAGCAACCACAACAGAAAACCGUUCAGUCCUUUUUUGAACAACAAUUGAUCUCAUGCAGGGAUGUCCUGUUGAUGCAGUGCAACAUACUGGUACCGUCCUUCAAGUCACAAAUAUUGCAGGAAAAUGUUUGUGCGGUGAUGCGGAAAGAGUGUUGUGAGCAGUUCAGGCAGGUCCCUGAGCAAUCACGAUGCCUGGCCAUCAAUAGUGUCGCGCAUGCCAUUAUUUUGCAUGAGCAACAGCAACAUCAGCAACAACAACAAUACUCAUGGGGCGUGGGCACGUUCAAGCUACCUCAACAACAAUACCCAUCGGGCCAGGGCUCCAUCCAACCUCCAUUUUAGGCAAUAAGGACGUUUGUCUUGCAAACACUACCAACGGCGUGCGGUGCGUAUGUCUCACAAUACUGCUCCACCACCACCGGCUCAUUUGGCGGCUUCUUUGGUAACUGAACAAGAGCUAUAAUUCUAGAUAGAUCGAUUGUUUGCCGUUGCUUAGUCGAUGGUUCGAUUGAUGUAGCGACGACAAAUAAAGUGUCAUGCACUACCGUGUGCGAACCUGACAUGUACUAGUUUUAAUUGGAAAUAAAAGACAAGCAUAUUUCUUGUUUGCA